CAGCAAAUCCAACCAUUCUUUUCUAAAACCCAUCACCAGAAAAAGAAGAGAUUUUCAGUUUCUUGAAAGAAAAAAAAAAAUAGUAUAAAAAGCUGAAGAAAAAUAAUAAAUUUUAAUUAUUUUCUUUUCUUUUUAAUCAGUCUUUCUGUCCAUCCAUCUUCAAGAUUCCAAUUUUAUAUGCGAAAAACACAUAAUGUAAAGGGGUAUAUACAAACACAUAUAUGCUUUUUUUAUCUGUACUCUUUAUUCUUGUUUUUGUGUUGAAUUGAUUAGUAACCAAAAAAAGUUUCUUUCUUUUUCUUUUUGUUCACUUUUAUUGAUGGGAUAUACUUCAGUGGGCAAGGAAGAAGAAGUCAGUUUCUAAGGAUCUGGCAUUAUUAAGAAGAGUUUGUUUGAAUUCUUGGAUUAUUUCAACAUGUCUCAGACCAACUGGGAAGCUGAUAAGAUGCUAGAUGUCUAUAUUCAUGAUUAUUUAGUGAAAAGAGAUUUAAAGGCUUCUGCUCAGGCCUUUCAAGCUGAAGGGAAAGUGUCAUCUGACCCUGUUGCUAUUGAUGCUCCAGGCGGUUUUCUAUUUGAGUGGUGGUCCGUUUUCUGGGACAUAUUCAUCGCAAGGACCAAUGAGAAGCACUCAGAAGUUGCUGCCUCUUAUAUCGAGACACAAAUAAUGAAGGCAAGGGAGCAGCAGCAACAACAGCAGCAAUCCCAACAGCCUCAACAUAUGCAGCAGCAGCAGCAGCAACAGCAACAGCAGCAGCAACAACAGCAGCAGCACAUGCAGAUGCAGCAGAUUUUAUUGCAGAGGCAGCAACAGCAGCAACAACAGCAGCAGCAACAUCAACAGCAGCAGCAACAUCAACAGCAGCAACAGCAGCAGGCACAGCAGCAACAGCAGCGCAGAGAUGGUAACCACCUCUUGAACGGCACAACUAAUGGUAUUGGUGGAAAUGACUCUCUCCUGAGACAGAAUACUGGAACUGCAAAUGCAUUGGCCACAAAGAUGUACGAGGAAAGAUUAGACGAUGCAGCUAUGAAGCAAAGAUUCAGUGAGAAUGUCAGUCAGCUUUUAGAUCCAAAUCAUGCGUCUAUGUUGAAAUCAGCAGCAGCAGCGUCAGCUGGGCAGUCCUCGGGGCAAAUGCUGCAUGGUACUACCGGUAGUAUGUCCCCACAGGUUCAGACGCGUAGUCAGCAACUUCCAGGGUCUACACCGGACAUAAAGACUGAAAUCAAUCCGAUACUUAAUCCCCGAGCUGCAGGUGCUGAAGGAUCCCUGAUUGGAAUUCCUGGAUCAAAUCAAGCUGGCAACAAUUUGACUUUGAAAGGAUGGCCCCUCACUGGCUAUGAUCAGCUGAGGUCGUCGGGGCUUCUCCAGCAGCCAAAGUCUUUUAUGCAGGGUCCUCAGCCGUUUCAUCAACUGCAAAUGCUAUCACCGCAACACCAACAACAGCUUAUCCUAGCACAGCAGAAUUUGACUUCACCAUCUGCUAGUGACGUCGAAAGCAGAAGAUUGCGGAUGCUCCUUAGUAAUCGGAACUCUAGUAUGGGCAAGGAUGGCCUUUCAAAUUCUGUUGGUGAUAUUGUCCCAAAUAUGAGUUCACCAUCACAGGGUCCUGGCCCUGUUUUGCCUCGUGCAGAUCAAGAUAUUUUGCUCAAGUUGAGGAUGGCCCAAUUCCAACAGCAGCAGCAGCAGCAGCAGCAACAGCAUAGUGGUAAUCCACAGCAGUCGCAACAGCAGCAGCUUCCCCAGCACACGCUUUCUGGCCAGCAACCACAGAGUUCAAAUCACAGUCUACAACAAGAUAAAAUUAUGGGUAGUGGCAGUGUUACAGGAGAUGGAAGCUUGUCGAAUUCUUUUCGUGGAAAUGAUCAGGCUACAAAAAACCAGAAUGUGAGAAAGAGAAAACAUCCUGUUUCAUCUUCGGGGCCUGCCAAUAGCACAGGAACUGCAAACACUGCUGGACCUUCCCCAAGUUCUGCUCCCUCAACACCUUCAACUCACACGCCUGGAGAUGUGAUCUCAAUGCCUGCCAUACAACAUAGUGGAAGUUCUUCAAAGCCACUGAUGAUGUUCGGAGCAGAUAAUAAUGGCACUCUUACGUCGCCAUCAAAUCAAUUGUGGGAUGACAAAGAUCUUGUGCAGGCUGAUAUGGACCGUUUUGUGGAUGAUGGUUCUCUUGAUGAUAAUGUUGAAUCAUUUUUAUCUCACGACGAUGCAGACCCUCGAGAUGCAGUUGGUCGUGGUAUGGAUGUUAGUAAAGGGUUCACAUUUAAUGAAGUGAAUUCUGUUCGGGCUAGUGGCAGUAAAGUUGUUUGUUGUCACUUCUCCUCUGAUGGAAAACUGCUAGCUAGUGGUGGCCAUGACAAAAAGGCUGUUUUAUGGCAUACUGAUACCCUAAAGCAAAAAACAACACUUGAAGAGCACUCGUCACUCAUUACUGAUGUUCGUUUCAGCCCAAGCAUGGCAAGACUUGCCACAUCUUCUUUUGACAAGACUGUCAGGGUUUGGGAUGCUGACAAUCCGGGCUACUCACUUCGGACGUUCACUGGGCAUUCUGCUGGUGUAAUGUCACUUGACUUCCAUCCUAAUAAAGAAGAUCUCAUCUGUUCUUGCGAUGGUGAUGGUGAGAUAAGAUACUGGAGUAUAAACAAUGGUAGCUGCACAAGAGUGUUCAAGGGUGGAACGGCUGUAAGAUUCCAGCCCCGCAUUGGUAGAUAUCUUGCUGCUGCUGCCGAGAACGUCGUAUCGAUACUUGAUGUGGAGACACAAGCUUGUCGGCAUUCGUUAAAGGGUCACACUAAACCAAUACAUUCUGUCUGCUGGGAUCCCUCUGGUGAGCUCCUAGCAUCUGUUAGUGAAGACUCUGUCAGGGUUUGGACAUUGAGGUCCGGUAGUGAAGGGGACUGUCUACAUGAGCUUAGCUCAAAUGGCAACAAAUUCCACUCAUGUGUUUUCCACCCUACAUAUUCGUCAUUGCUUGUUAUUGGCUGUUACCAGUCUUUGGAGCUAUGGAACAUGAAUGAGAACAAGACAAUGACCCUCACAGCUCAUGAAGGAUUAAUUGCUUCCUUGGCUGUAUCGUCAGUCGCGGGCUUGGUUGCUUCAGCCAGUCAUGACAAGUUUGUUAAGCUCUGGAAGUAAUAUAUGUCCCAUCCAUGCUUCCUUUUAGGAGCCAUGGUUUUAUGUUCACUGUAAAAUCUUUUAUUGGUGUCUGAACAGAUUCUUGCGUCUUAUGUAGCAUUAGCUUUUGUAUUCUGUUAUUUUUUUUCAUUUGUGCCUGACAGAACCAUGUACUAACCCCAUCCCUUCCUCAUCUGGACUCCUGGUGCUUAACUUUAUCUUUAUUAAAACCUAAAGAAGAAAAUUUGGUGUUGA